AUGGAUGGCUACCAUCCAUCUCGUAGUUGGGUAUAUGAUAGACUUUAUGUUCAACGAGGGGGGUUGAAACCAGCCUUCGCAAAAGGUGUUGAAGAGUUUAUAACAAAGGCAAUAAGUCGAAAUCAAUUUGUAAAAGAUGGUGGCAUCAGAUGUCCUUGUCACAAUUGCAUGUGUAGUAGUAUAUUGUCUGCAAGUGAAGUCAAACUUCACUUGUAUAGGUUUGGGUUCCAACCAAAUUAUUGGUAUUGGACUGAGCAUGGUGAAGAAUCCCCACAUAUUGACCCAGAAAAUAUUCCAAGUAGUAGUGGAAAUAUUGAUAACGAUGAUCCGUUUACGUUAAUGCAACAUAUGGCCGAUGAUGCAUUUGGUCCUACGUAUGACUUCCAAAAUAUGGGUGAUGAAGGCAACGAGGAAGAGAAUAAUGAAGAGCCCCCAAAUGAUGAUGCUCAAGACUUUUAUGAUUUGUUAACUGCUGCAAACAAACCCUUAUAUGAGAGGACUUCUGAUUCAAAACUUUCAAUAUGCGUAAAACUUUUAGCUUUCAAAUCAAAUUGGAAUGUUCCACAUAAAUGUCUUGAUUUCUUUGCAAGAAUGCUUGUAGAUGUGUGUCCUUUUAAGGAUUCACUUCCAAAAAAAAUUUACCAAGCAAAAAAAUUGGUGACAAUGCUAGGAUUGAAGUCUGAGAAAAUUGAUUGUUGUGUUAAAAGGUGCAUGUUGUACUACAAAGACAAUAGUGCAGAUAUAAAGUGUAGGUUUUUCAAUGAACCUCGAUAUGUUCCUCGUAAGCCUGGGAUAGGCAGUUUACGUCAUCCAUCAGAUGGGGAAGCUUGGAACCAUUUUGAUGCAAAGUAUCCAAACUUCGCAAAUGAACCGAGAAAUGUAAGGCUUGGUUUAUGUUCUGAUGGCUUCACGCCAUACAUUCAGGUCUCUUCAUCCCCAUAUUCUUGUUGGCCUGUUGUUGUGACCCCGUAUAAUCUCCCGCCCGAAAUGUGCAUGACUAAACCAUUCAUGUUUUUGACUUGUCUCAUACCUACACCAUCUAACCCAAAAGCAAACAAUGAUGUAUAUUUACAACCGUUAAUAGAUGAGCAUAAACAGUUGUGGAGUGAAGGGGAUUUGACUUAUGAUAUUUCCAUGAAACAAAAUUUUGUAAUGAGGGCAACUUUAAUGUGGACAAUUAACGAUUUUCCUGCUUAUGGCAUGUUAUCUGGAUGGAGUACCCAAGGUAAGUUGGCAUGUCCGGCGUGUAUGGAUGGAAAUAAGGCUUUUACCUUAAAAUACGGUGGCAAAAAUUCAUGGUUUGAUUGUCACCGUCGUUUCUUACCUCAUAACCAUGCAUUUAGAAGAAGUAAAAAAGGGUUCACUAAAAAUAGGGUUGUGAAGGAUGAACCUCCUCCAAUAUUGAAUGGUGAAGAAGUUUGGGGUUUGGUUCACAAUAUUCCACGAGUGAUAGAUAAUGCACAUACUAAAUUGUCUGGAUAUGGAGUUAGCCAUAAUUGGACUAAACGAAGCAUAUUUUGGGAUCUUCCAUACUGGAAAGAUAAUUUAUUAAGGCAUAAUUUAGAUGUCAUGCACAUAGAAAAAAACUUCUUUGAUAAUGUGUUUAACAUUGUCAUGAAUGUUAAGAACAAGACUAAGGACAAUGAAAAAGCACGAAUGGACUUGGCCAUGAUUUGCCAACGUAGCGACUUGGAGUUGGUUCCACAUAACAAUGGAAAAAUGACAAAACCUAAGGCAAAUUAUUGUCUUACGUCUAAUGGGGCAAAAAAUGUUUGUAAAUGGAUAAAGGAGCUUAAGAUGCCAGAUGGGUAUGCUUCUAACUUGGCAAGAUGUACAGAUGUUAUGGAGUGUUUGCUUCCAUUUGCAUUUAGUUCACUGCCUGACCAUGUGCGGAAACCAUUAACAGAAUUAAGUCAAUUCUUUAAAGGCUUGUGCAUCAAUACCUUAAGACACGAUGAAUUGGUCAAAUUGGGUGAAAAUAUUCCAUUCAUCAUAUGCAAACUUGAAAGAAUCUUUCCACCAGGAUUCUUUGAUUCAAUGGAAUAUCUUCCAAUUCACCUACCGUAUGAGGCAAAACUUGGUGGUCCAGUUCAAUAUCGAUUGAUGUAUCCAUUUGAAAGAAUGAUGGGUGAUUUUAAGCGCACAGUGAAAAACAAGGCUAGAGUGGAAGGCUCAAUAUGUAUGUCAUACUUACAUCGAGAGGCAACAUAUUCUUGUUCCCACUAUUUCAAAACAAUCUCUUUGUUUGAUAGAAGCCAGCGUAAUGAAGGUGCAAAAUUAAAUGAUACUGUCACGACAACACUAUCAAUUAGCAAUCAAUUAGGACGUCCUAGUGGGAAGGCUCAAACUCAUUGGUUAAGUGAUGCUAAAAGAAGCGCCUUUUUGCACUAUAAUUCCAUUAUUGAAGACAAUCCUAUAUCUCAAACUCGUAUACAUGGAGAAUUCACAGAAUGGUUUCGUGCGUAUCUUGGGGUUCUGACUCAAUGGUCAAAAUAUGGCACAAGUAUUACACUAAUGGGUACAAAAUUUCACACAAAAGCUUGGUCUCAGGGUAAGAAAACCAUAAAUAGUGGAGUUUAUGUGAAAGGGGUUACUAGAGGAGGAGAAGAUGAUUUCUAUGGAGUCAUCCAACAUAUCUUCGAGUUGGAGUAUUACAAAUUGCCUCACAAGGUAGCCUUGUUUUAUUGCCAAUGGUUUGAUCCUAGACGAAAUAGAGGAACCAAAGUUCAUCCGCGGUAUGAUAUUGUAGAUAUCAAUAUGAAUCGGAAAUAUGAUUUCUAUGAUCCCUUCAUAAUUGCACAAAAAGCUAGACAAGUGUAUUAUGUACCUUAUCUUGAAAUGCGAACUGAUAAGCGUCACUGGUCUGCCGUUAUCAAAACAAAGCCUAUGGGUCAUGUAGAGGUGGACGGAGUCGAUGAGGACAUGCCAUAUCAAGAUAAAGAUAUGACACAUGUUGAACAAUUAACUGAAAUUGAAGAAAUAGUUGGCUUGCACGAUGAAACACAUAGCGAUGAAGAAGUCAAUGUAACGUUUGUUUCAAAUAUUCCAAUUGAUAAUAAUAGUGAUAUGGAUGAUGAAGAUGGGGAUGAUUAUUCAAUUGAUGUUUGA